UUGGGUCGGAGUCAAGCACGACGAACGUGACAUCCACGGCGAUAAUUAACACUGCCAGAACCAUUUCCCUUCCGCACGAAGCAUCUGCCCCGUUUUAUGCCGCCGCUGCCCCCGCGCUAACUUGUCAGUAUCAAUUUUCGCAGCAGCCUGCAGUUUCAGAGAUGGAAGUCCCUGACCAGGAGAAUCCUUGCGCCAUCUGCCUCGGCGGCAUGGCCGCCGGCGGCGGGCAGGCCACCUUCACGGCGGAGUGCUCCCACACCUUCCACUUCAACUGCAUCUCCGCCAGCGUCGCGCACGGCCACCUCGUCUGCCCGCUCUGCAACGCGCGCUGGCGUGAGCUGCCGUUCCUGCGGCCCACCGCUCCGGUGCCGCCUACGCUGCCCAUGCACGCCGUGCAGCCUCCCAACGAGCCGAUAGCAUCGCCCCCCAUGCAUUCCGGGAUGCCUCCGUUCCCGGCGCAGGUUCCGCCGCCGACGAACGUGCAUAUCUUGCAACAUCACCAGCCGCCACCGCCCGUGCAUACCGUGCAGCAUCAUCAGCCGCCACUGCACGUGCCUACGGUCGUCUUCGACGACGAUGAGCAGGUGGAGCCGGCCUCCGGGGAGCGAGCUGACAGCACACCGGCAGCUGCGUCGACCGGAGCGGUGGUCGUCAACACGCACGCCGAGUACCCGGCUGUCGCCAGGGCCUCGUCCACCGACAGCUUCGCCGUGCUCGUGCACGUCAAGGCUCCCGGGAUGGCCGACACCGUGGCGGCCGGCAGCGACAAGCCGCAGCCGCGCGCGCCGCUGGACCUCGUUACGGUGCUCGACGUCAGCGGCAGCAUGAGCGGCCAUAAGCUGGCGCUGCUGAAGCAGGCCAUGCGGUUCGUCAUCGACAAUCUCGGCCCCGACGACCGGCUCUCCGUCGUGUCCUUCUCCUCCGAGGCGCGCCGGCUGACCAGGCUCGCGCGCAUGUCGGACGCGGGGAAGGCCCUGUCCGUGAACGCCGUGGAGUCCCUCGUGGCGCGCGGCGGCACCAACAUCGCCGAGGGGCUGCGCACGGCAGCCAAGGUGCUCGACGAGCGCCAGCACAGGAACGCUGUCUCCAGCGUCGUGCUCCUCUCCGACGGCCAGGACACCUACACCAUGAUGAGGCGCCGAGGGCCGUCCGGCGUUCAUGCCGGCAACUAUGAAGAGCUCGUUCCGCCCUCUUUCGCGCGCACGGGCGCUGACGGCGACUGGUCGGCGCCGAUCCACACCUUCGGCUUCGGGAACGACCACGACGCGGCCGCGAUGCACGUCAUCGCCGAGGCGACGGGCGGCACGUUCUCGUUCAUCGAGAACGAGGCGGUGAUCCAGGACGCGUUCGCCCAGUGCAUCGGCGGGCUGCUCUCCGUCGUGGUCCAGGAGGCGCGCAUCGCCGUCUCGUGCGUGCACCCCGGGGUUCGGGUCGUCUCCGUCAAGUCCGGACGUUACGAGAGCCAUGUUGAUGAGGACGGCCGCGCUGCGUCUGUUCGAGUCGGGGAACUCUACGCCGACGAGGAGAGGCGUUUCUUGCUGUUUCUGACCGUGCCAACAGCUGAAGCGACGGACGGCGCCACCACUGCUCUGGUGAGAGUGAUCUUCAGCUACAGAAACGCGGCGACCGGCGCGGACGUGAGCGUGACGGCCGAGGACACAGUGGUGGCGAGGCCAGAGCACGCGCCGAACGCGUCGGAGCGGUCGGUGGAGGUGGAGCGGGAGCGCGUCCGUGUGGAGGCGGCAGAAGACAUCGCGGCGGCGAGGGCGGCGGCAGAGCGGGGAGAGCACCAGGAGGCGGUGGAGAUCCUGGAGAACCGUCAGCGGGCGCUCGAGCAGUCGGAGGCGGGAGGGGACGGCGACCCCAUGAUCAUGGCGCUGGGGGCAGAGCUGCAGGAGAUGCGCGGGCGCGUGUCGAACCGGCAGAGCUACCUGCGAUCGGGUCGGGCGUACAUGCUCGCCGGCAUCAGCGCGCACCAGCAGCAACGCGCCACCUCGAGGCAGAUGAUGCCGGAGGAGGAGCAGACGGCCGUGGCUGCACGGAGUGGAGUGAGGAGGAUGAUCGGAAGGGUGCGGUCGGGCACGGCGGGAUACAUGGCGGCUGCGCCAGUUGCGGAGGCGGCGACCGAGGCGACGAUGUCGUACGCGACGCCGGCCAUGCGCGCCAUGCUGCUGCGCUCCCGAGUGGCGCGGGGGGCGACGUCGGCCGAGCAAGGGCAGCAGCAGCAGCCCAUGGCUGCGGAAGAAGAUGCCGGGAGCUCCGAACCGAAGAUCCGAAGCACGUAAACCAGUAGCCAUAUGCAUACAAAAUGGAGUACGAGCUAUCAUGUCGAACUUGUUUGAACUCUGAAUAAUUUUACGGGAGCGCUAAUUUUCAUCCGGAUGAAUUUUAUUGGCGUUCAUCCGUUUUCUGGACCGUGCGAUUUGUGCGGAAAGAUUCGAAUGUUUCUUUUUUUC